AUGGCGAAUUUGUACGAGUGCCCUCUGCGACUGGAGAAGGGCUUUAUUUUGGAUGGGGUGGCUGUGAGCACAGUCGCCCGGGGCUACAGUCUCACCAGGCCCAAGCUGUGGUCUGCCAUUCCACCCUACAACGCGCAGCAGGACUAUCACGCCCGCCGCUACUUCCAGAGCCACGUGGUCCCGCCUGUCCUGCGGAAAACUGAGCAGGAUCACGGUGGCACUGGAAGGGACGGCUGGAUAGUAGAUUAUUUCCACAUUUUCGGGCAAGGACAGAGAUACCUCAACAGGAGAAAUUGGGCAGGGGCAGGGCAUUCCCUCCAGCAAGUGACCGGCCACGAUCACUACAAUACUGACCUGAAGGUGAUUACUACAGGGAUGAAUGGUAGGUUUGGCUACCGCAGGAACACACCAGCCCUCCGGCAGCGCACAUCGGUGUUUGGAGAGGUCACUCAGUUUCCUCUCUUCUGA